UGUGUUGCUGUGGUGACGCUUUGCGGCAUUUGAAUCAUGGCGGAGUCGCAGAACGGUGUACAGUUGAGCACGAAAUGGCAGGAGGCUUCGAACAGAGGAGCUGCUAUACUCCGCUAUUUGGGGGAGCAGGUCCCCCUUAUUUUCUGCCUGGAGACAGAGCCGCAACAAGGGGAGGAGGAGCAAAAGGUUGAGGAACGCCUCCUGUAUCCUCUGGAGUGCUUUCUUUUUGGGGAGGACCCCUGCAUCGGCCUGGAGAAGCUCCAACAAUACAACAGCAGCUCAUCGGCUCAGCUGUGUGGACGUGUCUUUAAAGAGGGCGAGACUGUCUACUCCUGCAGGGAUUGUGCAAUAGAUCCUACCUGUGUACUCUGCAUAGAAUGCUUCCAGAAGAGUGUGCACAAAAGUCAUCGCUACAAGAUGCAUGCCUCAGCAGGAGGAGGUUUUUGCGAUUGUGGCGACUUGGAGGCUUGGAAGACCGGACCCUGCUGCUCUCAACACGACCCUGGCAAUUCAGUUACUAUGGAAACGGACGAGUGUGUGAUGGAUCCAGACCUUCAGGAAAGGGCUCAGAUGCUGUUCCACCUGCUGCUGCGGUACACGACAGACAUGCUGGUUUGGGAAGAGAACAAUGAACUAUCAGAAGAGCUGAAGCCAAAAGUGAAAGAAGACACCUACUACUGUGUGCUCUACAACGAUGAACAUCACUCAUAUGACCACGUCAUCUACACACUUCAGCGAGCAAUCGCCUGUGACCAGAAUCAGGCUCAAAUCUACACUGCACUCAUUGACAAGGAAGGGCGGAAAGCAGUGAAGAGAGGUACCCUCAGAUCCUGUCAAGAAGCCAAGGAAAAUAUAAGGCGUAACUCAGAGCACAUUAUCCAGAAACCUUUGCGGGUGGAGAUUCUUCACUCUGCUGUUAUGGCUCAUCAGACCUUCGCCCUCAGACUUGGCGCAUGGUUCCAGAAGAUCAUUGGCUACUCAGUUGGCCUCAGGGAGGUGUUCUGCCAGGUGGCUUUGGAGCCGGCCACUGACAACGAUAAACUCUGCUUGAUCAGUCGACUCAUGCUGCAUGAUGCCAAACUUUAUAAAGGGGCCCGCAAGGUCGUCCAUGAGUUAAUUUUCAGUAGUUUAUUGAUGGACACCGAAUACAAGAGGCAAUUUGCCAUGAAAUUCACAGAGCACUACAAGCAGCUUCAGGAAGACUUCAUCAGUGAUGACCAUCAGAGGAACAUCUCAAUCACAGCCUUGUCUGUGCAAAUCUUCACUGUUCCUACAUUGGCUAGGCAGUUGAUAGAGGAGGGCAACGUCAUCAAGGUCAUUAUAGACACUGUAAUGGAGAUGAUGCAGGAACAUCUGGACAACAACCACCGCUUCCACUUCCAGGGCCACAACCCCGACAAGUUCUUCCGGGUUCAAGUUAUCUUCCAUGACCUCAGGUACAUUCUAAUCAGCAAGCCCUCUGUGUGGACGGAGACAAUGAGGGUGAAGUUCCUCGAAGGUUUAUGCGUCUUUCUCCGCUUGCUUUGCUGUAUGCAGGGGAUGGAGGAGGUGAAGAGGCAGUUUGGUCAGCAUGUUGAAGUGGAGCCGGAGUGGGAGGCGGGCUUUACCCUCCAGAUGCAGCUACGCCACAUUAUUGCCAUGUUUCAGGACUGGUGUUCUUCUGACGAGAGGGUUCUGCUGUUGGCCUUUCAGGAGUGUCACAGAGCUCUAAUGUCCUGCACCAACCAGCCCUUCCGCAGCGAACCGACAGACAGCUACAUGUGCAAGCAGAUCCUCCACGCACGGUCGUACAAAGUCUCCCAGGAGCCCGUAUCCAUCCACCUGCCCAUCUCCAGACUACUGGCUGGUUUAUAUGUGCUGUUGUGCCAGACUGGAGCAAUCCGGUACCUCCCUGACUUUGUGGAUCCCGUGCAGCUGAACUUCACUGAGUUAGCGGAUCAGCCUCUGCGUUGUGUUGUGUUGGCGUCUCAGGUCAGUGCCGAUAUGUGGCGCAGAAACGGCCUGUCACUCGUCAGCCAGGUGUAUUAUUAUCAGGAUGUUAAGUGCAGAGAUGAAAUGUUUGAUAAGGAUGUUAUGAUGCUGCAGAUUGCUGCUUCCAAAAUGAACCCCAAUCAUUUCCUUAUGCUUGUCCUUUUGAGAUUUGAACUUUUCGAUAUUUUCAAUGGCAACUGCUCCAGUAAAGAUCAGGAAGUACUGAAACAGUGGAAUAGGUUAACAGAGGGGAUGCUCUACCUGAUAAUCGUCAUUGUUGGUGAGCGGUACGUACCUGGAAUAAGUCAUGUGACUAAGGAGGACGUGACUAUGAGGGAGGUUAUUCAUCUGCUCUGUAUUGAACCCAUGGCUCAUAGCAGUCUGGUCAAAAGCCUGCCUGAUAAUGAAGGCCAUGAUACAGGGCUUGAAAUGGUUAUCUCCAAGGUUGCCACUUUCAAAAAACCAGGAGUGUCAGGCCAUGGCUUGUAUGAGCUGAAGAAGGAAUAUCUGAAAGAGUUUAACCCUUUCUUCUAUCAUUAUUCCAGACCACAGCAUAGUAAGGCAGAAGAGGCUCAGAAGAAGAGAAGGACCCAAGAUGGUAGUGAUAAAGCUCUCUGCCCCCCAGUUCCCCCUCCCUUUUGUCCAGCAUUCUCAAACAUAGUGCAUCUGCUCUGCUGUGACGUCUUCAUCCAUGUUCUGAGGAGAAUUCUCCAGAAAGCGGUGGAGGACCGCUCCAACCGAUGGACUGAACCCAUGAUCCAGAUGGCCCUGCACCUUGUAGGCCAGGCUCUACUGGAGGAAAAAAUGCAGUUGGAAAGCAGCAGUGCUGAAGAUGUGACCUUUGACUUUAGUCUAAAAGCACAAAAAACUGGUUCUGAACAUGGAAAAUCUUUGUUCCACUUCCUGAACAAAAUGAAGUCUUUACCUUCUCUGGAAGCUCAGAAUGACAUGAUCACAUGGAACUUACAGAUGUUUGAGGUGGUGAAGUGUCUUCGGGAGAAAUCUGGUCCUGUAGCUUCAUUUGCCAUAGAUCGCAGCAAGUCAGAAGAGAGUGUUCAGGAUAAGGAGAAAGCCGAGCGGAAGAGGAAGGCUGAAGCUGCUAAAGCACACAGACAGAAGAUCAUGGCUCAGAUGUCGGCCAUGCAGAAGAACUUCAUAGAGUCGAACAAGAUGCUUUAUGACAACGUGCCUGAGAGCUCGAGUCAGAGCGACGUCACCGCGUCUGUGGAGAGCUGUGGGAUGGAUGUGGAUGAGAGCAGAGUGGCUGUGGGACCUCAGCAGGGUGUUUGCUCCACAGACUGGGAGACUAUGACCUGCAUCCUGUGUCAGGAGGAGCAGGAGGUUCAGGCUCAGGCAGCAGCCAUGGUUCUUACGGCAUGUGUACAGAGAUCUACAGUUCUCACCCAGAACCGUGGAAAGACACUCACCACCAAAGAAGGCUGCUACCCCCUCUUUAUGCCUCCUGAUCUGGCUGUGGGCACACACACCGGCAGCUGUGGACAUGUGAUGCAUGCCACCUGCUGGCAAAAGUACUUUGAAGCUGUGCAGAACACCACUCGGAAUCGGCUGCAUGCAGAGCUGAUCAUAGACCUGGAGAAUGGAGAGUACAUGUGUCCGCUUUGCAAGUCCCUGUGUAACACGGUCAUCCCGCUGAUCCCGGUGGAGCCCAGCAAGAUUAACUAUGAGAGUGCCGAGUUAGUUGGUCAGCAUCUCACUCUUGAGCGCUGGGUUCAGAUUAUUUCUUCUCGCAUCAGAGGGCUGAGAGCCACAUGGGAAGCAGACAAUAACAGUGAGGCAGCGGUUGAGGAAGCAAUGGCACUUUUUGACGAGUGUCAAGCUGAUUUCAGAUCCAUUCUCAGUUUUGGAGUUCAAGAGCCGCCGAAGUUCUCUCGCAGUAUCACAGAGAUGUUGGGGGUCUGUGCGACCACAGUGCACAGGGUGGGACUGCAGACGGCUCCCAAUGACCUGUGCCCGUACGUGCCUGUCAUGUCCUGGAACACUUGUGCCUACACCAUCCAGUCCAUCGAUAACAUGUUACAGGAAGAGGGGAAGGCUCUUUUUGGAUCCCUCCAGAACAGACAGCUCUCUGGACUCAAAGCAGUGGUGCAGUUUUCAGCUGCUCAGAGGCUGAAAAGCAGUCAAGCUGUCAUACAGAAGCACUUUACUGAUAUGUUAGCAGUCCUGGUACCUGUUCCUAAUGUAGAAAACACACCAUCAAUAUUAGAAGUGGAUUUCUUUCAUCUGUUGGUGGGGCUGGUUCUGUCCAUCCCAGCGUUGUAUCAGGAAGAGGCUGUAGACCUGCAGCCUUCAGCAGUCAGCACAGCGUUCAAUCACCUCUACCUGCUGCGCCUGGUCACUAUGGCCACAUGAUCCAGGUGCCUGCUGGCCUCACACGAUUGUGCUGUGAUAGGAAUGGUGGAGGAGGGCGAUGAGGCCCAGGCUGCAGCAGAACUCUUCUCUCUAGUCUCACAACACACAGAUGGGUUGAGACCUGGUGUAUCUGGCUUCACCAUAGAGAGUGUGAAGAGAGGUGUCCU